AUUUUUCUGCCUUUGCCGGUCGAUCACUUCGAGAUUUGAUUCUGAGAAAUGCGACGAUAGAUUACCAGCCUUGGGUGUUCUGGCUCGACGAUCACGAACUGACAAUAUCGUACUGAUCCCCGUUCAUCUGUUCAUACACCGCUCCCUGUUUCCCGGACUUUCAUCAAAUCUCCCCUGUUCUGCGCCUUACAGUGGCAAUGGCUGGAAAACACUCUGACACUACAGACGGCGCGCCUGCAAAACGGCAAAAGACGGCAGGAGAGAUGAAUCCUGAAGAUAACCCAUAUCUGUCGCACUGGUACGAGGACGACACCAAUGGCAAUGGUAACGGCUAUUCCACCCCUCCUAAUCGUGCCGAUGGACCUCUUUCCAAACUACAAAGACACAAGACUACGGCUGCACAAGCGCGGGCUGCCGAAGACAGCAACGCCAAUCCUUUCACCGGUCGGCCGUUUUCCGAAAGAUACAUAUCCAUCUUGAAGACGAGGAGAGAUCUUCCCGUACAUUCACAACGCGAUGAGUUCCUUCAAUUGUACCAAAAGUCUCAAAUCCUUGUCUUCGUUGGUGAGACAGGUUCAGGAAAGACCACUCAGAUACCUCAAUUCGUCAUCUACGAUGAUCUGCCGCAACAAGAACGCAAACUGGUUGCUUGUACACAACCUCGACGAGUGGCUGCCAUGUCGGUGGCAGAGCGUGUGGCACAGGAGAUGGAUGUCAAACUGGGCGAAGAAGUCGGUUACAGCAUACGAUUUGAAGACAAGACCAGUCAAAAGACCAUUCUCAAAUACAUGACCGACGGUAUGCUUCUGAGAGAAGCCAUGAACGACCACGAAUUGAAGCGAUAUAGCACCAUCAUUCUCGAUGAGGCUCACGAGCGAACAUUGGCCACCGAUGUUUUGAUGGGUCUAUUGAAAGAAGUCGUGCUUCGGAGACCGGACUUGAAGUUGAUAAUCAUGUCCGCAACUCUAGAUGCCCAGAAGUUCCAGCGGUAUUUCAAUGAUGCACCCUUGCUUGCGGUACCUGGUCGAACUCAUCCCGUCGAGAUCUUCUACACUCCUGAACCUGAACGAGAUUAUGUGGAGGCAGCAAUCCGCACCGUCCUUCAGAUUCAUGCAACAGAACCAGAAGGAGAUAUCCUGCUGUUUUUGACCGGAGAAGAGGAAAUCGAAGAUGCAUGCCGGAAGAUAUCCCUGGAAGCGGACGAGAUGAUCCGUGAGGCUGAUGCAGGUCCGAUGAAAGUCUACCCCCUAUAUGGAACACUGCCCCCUGCGCAGCAGCAAAAGAUCUUUGAGCCAGCACCUCCUCCACGGCGCCCCGGUGGCAGAGCAGGGCGUAAAUGUAUCGUCUCUACGAACAUCGCCGAGACGUCUUUGACCAUCGAUGGUAUUGUCUACGUGGUCGACCCUGGCUUUUCGAAGCAGAAAGUAUAUAAUCCUCGCAUUCGUGUCGAAUCUUUGUUGGUAUCGCCCAUAUCGAAAGCAUCCGCUCAGCAGAGAGCUGGUCGUGCGGGUCGUACUCGACCUGGUAAAUGUUUCCGGUUAUACACAGAGGGAGCCUUCAAGAAGGAGCUCAUCGAGCAGACCUAUCCCGAGGUACUCAGAUCGAACUUGUCAUCGACCGUGCUAGAGUUGAAGAAGCUCGGUAUCGACGACCUGGUCCACUUCGAUCUUAUGGAUCCUCCGGCUCCGGAGACCUUGAUGCGGGCUUUGGAAGAAUUGAACUACCUUGCAUGCCUGGAUGACGAUGGCAACUUGACAACAAUGGGCAGACUUGCGUCCGAGUUUCCCCUCGAUCCAGCGUUGGCCGUCAUGCUCAUUUCGUCACCCGAAUUCUACUGCUCAAACGAAAUUCUGAGCUUGACAGCUCUAAUUUCCGUGCCUCAGAUCUUUGUGCGACCGGCAUCGGCGCGGAAACGAGCAGAUGAAAUGAAGAACCUCUUCGCCCAUCCCGACGGUGACCACCUGACUAUGCUAAAUGUGUAUCAUGCUUUCAAGGGACCAGAAGCGCAGGCCAACCCAAAACAGUGGUGUCAUGACCACUUCCUCAGUCUACGAGCUCUACAGUCUGCUGACAACGUACGAAUGCAACUCAAACGCAUCAUGGAACGCGAAGAGUUGGAAUUGAUGUCAACUCCUUUCGAAGACAAGAAGUAUUACGAAAACAUCCGACGAGCAUUGGUGUCCGGAUUCUUCAUGCAGGUUGCCAAGAAGGAGGCCAAUGGCAAGACCUAUACGACAGUCAAAGACAAUCAAACUGUCCUUUUGCAUCCCAGCACGGUCCUAGGCCAGGAGAGCGAAUGGGUCGUCUAUAAUGAGUUUGUUCUUACCAGCAAGAACUAUAUUCGGACGGUCACCGCCGUUAGAGGUGAAUGGCUCCUUGACAUUGCUCCCGGGUAUUACGAGAUAGACAGUUUCCCCAAGGGCGAGGUCAAGACGGCGCUGCAACGGCUGCACGAAAGAGUGGCUAGACGGCAAAAGAUGAAGGGCGGAAGAUGAUUAGACUGAGGACAAAAGCCCGGCUCGGAAGAGAACUAUUAUUAAGCGGUGAGGACUGGUCAGGGGCUUUCACGGUCAGCAUCGAUGUUACGCAAACGCCCCCUGCUUUGUCGUGGCGAUGAUCACGGCUUAAGGUCAAUCGCGAUGUCUUAUGUUAGGACUGCUGAUUAUUGUUUUACUGAUGCCACGAUAGGAAGGGCAUUAGACAGCGUCUAUGAAGAUGGCUCGCGCACUGAGCUCGAAAUAAGUGUGCAGUUGUGCAUACUCUAUCCAGCUCUACCAUUACUUUCAAAAGACUUCUC